UUUUGGUGAUCCAAAAUUAGAAGCAGAGGGUUAGUUUUCUUGAGCAAGGGUUCAACUGUCGUCUCUCAUCUUCCUUAUUCGCACACUCACUCACUGCGAGUGAGUGUUAGGGUUCCAGAUGAUCCUAACCCAUGGAGCACUCCGCCCGUAUCCUUCUUGCCUGACCCGUUUAUCCCGCCUGACCCGACACCUAAACCUAUCUUUCCCAAACAAGAACCCAUUUUCGAUUUCAGUUUCCAGGUAUGCAAGCUCCCAAUUCAGCCCCAUUCUUUCAGUUUCUCACCGGCAUUCGAUUUCAUGUGUACAAAAAGGAGAUCAAGUAUCUGUUGAGCAACCAGAAAUCAUAUUUAUGGGGACAGGAACCAGUGAAGGAAUUCCACGAGUGAGCUGCCUUACUGAUCCCUUAAAGAAAUGCCCGGUUUGUGCAAAAGCUGUGGAACCCGGAAAUAAGAAUAGGAGACUUAAUACAAGCAUCCUUAUUCGUUUUCCGAAACCUUCUGGCACAUGUAACAUACUUAUAGAUGCUGGCAAGUUCUUUUACCAAAGUGCUCUCCGUUGGUUCCCUACUUAUGGGAUAAGAACAAUAGAUGCAGUUGUAAUAACUCACUCUCAUGCUGAUGCAAUUGGAGGUUUGGAUGACCUUCGUGACUGGACAAACAACGUCCAACCACAUAUUCCUAUCUAUGUAGCUGAGCGUGACUUUGAGGUGAUGAAAAAAACACAUUAUUAUUUAGUAGACACGAGUGUUGUCACACCUGGAGCUGCAGUCUCAGAGCUGCAAUUUGAUAUCAUACAUGAAAAACCAUUCAUUGUACAUGAUCUUAAGUUUACUCCACUACCAGUGUGGCAUGGCCGUAAUUACCGUUCACUUGGCUUCCGCUUUGGCAACGUUUGUUACAUCAGUGAUGUUAGUGAAAUACCUGAUGAAACUUAUCCCCUUUUAAGAGACUGUGAAAUCCUUAUAAUGGAUGCAUUAAGGCCAGAUCGAUCCUCUUCAACACAUUUUGGACUCCCAAAGGCUUUGGAAGAAGUAAGAAAAAUCAAGCCAAAAAGAACCCUUUUCACAGGUAUGAUGCAUUUGAUGGAUCAUGAGAAAGUGAAUGAAGGUCUGUUGAAGUUGAUGGAAACUGAAGGUCUUGAUGUACAACUCAGUUAUGACGGGCUUCGUGUUCCGAUAAAUUUAUAAAAUUUAAAGCAGUAAACUGAUCAUUUGUAUUCAUUUAUAGAAUCUCAAUUUAUUUUGGAUUACUUCUGAAAUAAUGGUUUUGGCUCACAUAAUCUGCCUUAUAAUUUGAUGGCCACCAUGAGCUUAUUAUGAUGUGCAAUUUAGUGGCACUCUUGUAAUUUUAAGAUAGUAUCAUUAUGUUAUGAAUUUUUAAAUGGAAUUAUUUUGGUGUUA